AGCAACUGUUGCAGACAAAGCACAGACAAUGGCUGACCCUAUCAGAGUUUUGGUGACCGGUGCCGCUGGGCAGAUUGCCUAUUCUCUGCUGUACAGCAUUGCUAAGGGAGAUGUCUUUGGCAAAGAUCAGCCUCUUAUCCUCCUCCUGCUGGACAUCACUCCAAUGCUGCCUGUGCUGGAUGGGGUUGUCAUGGAGUUGCAGGACUGCGCACUCCCACUUCUGAGAGAGGUUGUUCCAACAGACAAGGAGGAGGUGGCCUUUAAGGACCUGGAUGCUGCCAUUCUCGUGGGCUCAAUGCCCAGGAAAGAGGGAAUGGAGAGGAAGGAUCUCCUGAAGGCCAACGUCGCCAUCUUCAAGUCCCAGGGUGCUGCACUGGAUAAGUACGCCAAGAAAACAGUCAAGGUACUGGUCGUCGGUAACCCUGCUAAUACCAACUGUCUGAUCACUGCUAAGUCUGCCCCCUCCAUUCCUAAAGAGAACUUCUCCUGCCUGACUCGUCUGGACCACAACAGAGCCCGUUCUCAGGUGGCAAUGCGUUGUGGCAUUCCUGCUGAUAACGUGAGGAACGUGAUUAUCUGGGGCAACCACUCCUCCACCCAGUACCCCGAUGUCCAUCACUGCAAGGUCAGCGUUAAGGGCGAGGACAAGCCGGCCUUUGAUGUCGUGAAAGAUGACACCUGGCUGAAAGGAGACUUUAUCUCUACAGUGCAGCAGCGUGGAGCUGCGGUCAUUAAAGCCAGAAAACUGUCCAGCGCCAUGUCAGCUGCCAAGGCCAUCUGUGACCAUAUGAGGGACAUCUGGACAGGAACUGCAGAGGGAGAGUUUGUUUCCAUGGGUGUGUACUCCUCUGGGAAUUCCUAUGGCGUACCUGAUGACCUCAUCUACUCAUUCCCUGUCACAAUCAAAAACAAGACCUGGAAGAUUGUGGAGGGGCUGGAAAUCAAUGACUUUUCCCGAGCCAAAAUGGAGGCCACUGCUGCUGAGUUGGUGGAGGAAAGGGACACUGCCAUUUCCUUCCUGGCAGUUUGACUAGAGCUCCAACAAUCAACCAAGCACUCAGAUAUCCACAACCUUCCAGACUCCCGUCUGUGAAGCACUGCGUAAAGCUCCCUGUGUGUGUGUGUGUGUCAUUGUCAAGCAUCUCCAGUUACAUUUCACCUGUUACAUAUAUUCAAAAGUUCAUUUUUAGUAACUCACUGUAACUCUCCAGUAGUAGCUAUUGCAC